UCCACCCCCUCUGCUCCGCUCAUCUCCCUUCUCCCGCAAGCCAUCCUCUCAAAUUCUCCGCAGAAAAUCACCGCCACCGCAGCCCCAAUUCUCCCCGGCGGCGCGCCUCCGGAGCCCUCCCCGGGGACGCAGGAUCGCGCGGCGGCGGCGGCGCUCCGGCUAAUGCGCGCCCUCCCCUGAGGCUCUCCCGGUGAUUCCGUGGUAUUCGUGCGCCACAUCCAACUGUGGGUGCUGUAGGAUUGGUGAACCUACCUACAUUGUGUGAUCAAGCUGGCAUUGGCGGCUUUGUGGACUGUCUGGUUCUGAUAUGGACGAAGUGAAGAGUAAUCAGGACAAUCCGGAACUCCGGCCCGUUCUUGGCAGCAUCACUGGAGCCAUGUUUGCAAAUCAUGGGGAACAAUCUGCAGGGUGUUCUUCCCCUGAAGAAGGGUGGGUUUCUUCGCAGGUUGCUCUGCAUGAUAUGGCAAUGGUGGGAAGUAACCGACAUGGUGUGGGCAUCAUCGACAAUGCCAAUUUGUUUGAUAACUGGUCAUUGACAGCGGCAUUUGAGAACAUGAACUUGAGCUCGACUGAUGCUACUGCCGACUCUGCUGCUAACUCUGGUAGGGCUGCAUCCAGGUAUGGACACUGGCCUCCAGGCCUUAUGAUUUCAUCUGCUGACAACAAGAGGAACACACAACUUCAGCCGGCAUUUGAUCAAGAUAGUUUUGUGACUUCAUCUCUCAUGAUCAACAAUGCUGAACACAUGAAGCCAAGGUUUCGUGGGCAAAAUCUUCCAUCGUACACAGGGAUGCAUGGUCCAGAUAAUGCUUAUGUGACUGGAAUCAGUUUACCAUCAGCUUCGCCUGUCCAGCAACUGCAUUUUAUCGAUAGGUGGGCACAAACUUAUGCACCUUAUCAGCAGAUGGACUCGAAAUUCAGGCGUCAUGAUAUUGAUACAGAGGCUGUCAUGCACUCACAGUAUUCUUAUCAGCAGAUGCCACAGAUUUCUGAUGUUCAUUGGAUUAAUAGCAAUGGAUAUGGUGUUGUCAACUCCUCAUCUAAGUCUGCAGCUUCACCUCAUCUUAGAGCACCCUCUAUUCAUCAUCUGGGACAUCGCAGUCCUGAUAUCUACUGGAACAGCCACAUGGUUCCUAAUAGAAAUAACCGACUGAAUUCUACACAUGUGGAUAACUGUCCUUGUAUAAUUUAUCCUGAUUGCUUAUGUGAAACCUGUGAAUAUUGCCAGAAUCAGCUAUCUGAAAAACUCAAACAUCCAUAUGGACUCAGACGUUCAUACAAAGGUUUAUUACAGAAUCACACCUUGGAUAAAGUCAAACUGAAAAGUUCUCCUGAGAAGAUACUGAUGAAGUUUGGGGGUGCAAAUUCUGGUAGAAAUACCAACCCUGGCUUUGAACUUGACGGGUGUGCUGAAACAAAUCAAAGAAUUGACUGUAAUGGAUACAAUCGUCAUCUCAAUUUUCAGAACAACCUGCAUUUUGACUUGCAGAGCUCUCAGUGCCAGUCACCUUUGGGAUCUGAAUUUACCAUGAAAUCUGCCCAGCUAAACUAUAAUUCAGUGGAUGAAGUUGUUGGAGAAUUGUACCUCUUGGCAAAGGAUCAGAAUGGUUGCCGUUUCCUACAAAGGAUAUUUACAGAAGGUUCUCAAGAGGAUGCCCAAAAGGUCUUUGAUGGUGUCAUUGAGCAUAUCGACGAACUUAUGGUUGAUCCAUUUGGAAAUUACUUGGUACAAAAACUACUAGAGCAGUGCAAUGAUGACCAAAAAAUGCAUAUACUUUAUGAAAUAACCGAAAUGCCAGGCCAGCUAAUUGAAGUUGCAUGCAACAUGCAUGGGACACGGGUGGUGCAAAAGGUGAUAGAAACUAUUAGUACCUCAGCUGAAGUUUCCCUGGUUGUAUCUGCUCUGAGCUCCGGUGCCAUUACUCUGAUGAUGGAUGCCAAUGGGAGUCAUGUUGCACACCGUUGCUUGCAGAAGCUGUCACCUGAAUACAAAGCAUUCCUUCUCAAUGCGGCAACGGAAUGUUGCGUUGAGCUAGCAAAGGAUCGUCAAGGCUGCUGUAUCAUCCAGAAGUGUAUUAUUCAUGCAAAUAAGGAGCAGAAGAACAGGCUGCUGUACAGUAUCACAUCCAAGGCUUUCGAUCUCGCUGAACAUCAAUACGGGAAUUAUGUAAUACAGUACAUACUCGAGCUCAAGGUUACUUGGGCAACAGACGAAAUACUGGACAAGCUCGAGGGCCACUACGGAUAUCUAUCGAUGCAAAAGUGCAGCAGCAAUGUGGUAGAGAAAUGCCUGAAAGAAGCACGGGAGCCAAAGCGCGCGAAGAUCAUCCACGAGCUCAUCAAUGACCCCAAGCUGCCGCACAUCUUGGUCGAUCAGUUUGGGAACUAUGUGAUCCAGACAGCGUUCCGGGAGUGUGAGAACGCGCAGGAUGCUACGGUUGAGGCUGCACUGAUCAAAGCCAUUAAGCCGCAUGUCGGCGCUCUCCGGAACAACAUGUAUGGGAAGAGGAUCCUGUCGAAGACCUGCCUGAAGAACAGGAAGUUCUGAUCCCCACGCCUCGUUGAAGCUAGCGCCCGUUGGAGUUCUCGCACUGGCUCGGGCAGAGGCGCGCAAGGUGCAGCACUGGUGUAUAAUUCUGUAAUAAAGCAUCAUAGUAUGUCGAAAGAUAAGUCGCCAUGAAACCGAAUAGAUAGCUUGAGAGGGAGGAAGAGGGAGGGGCUAGUACAGUGUGUCUGGUUGGAGGAAUCCACGUUUUGGGCUAUUGUAGGACGAUGUGAUGCAGUGUUGUAGAGUUGUAGAGGUUCUGUGCAGAUAAUUUGUAAGCUUGCGUGUGACUACGUUGGUAACCCGUUGGAUGUUCUUA